GUGGAGGAUAGCAUCACAGGUGGAGAGUUGAGGGAGCUGGCACAGGAGCACUUCAACACAUCCUUCUUGAAGCUUGUGAUUGCAGAUGGAGGCAUGGUGGUCGUCGAUUUGAGUUCAUCAAGGACCUCUUUCGCUGCGAUUAUGCUUCGAGAUGACGGAUACAAAGGCAUCGCCUGGUGGGGAGAAAAUGACAACCCUGGAUUCGUUGGUGUCCGACUGACGGAGCCGGCUUGUGCAGUGAUUGAGAUUCAGAUUAUACUUCGAGAUGACGGAUACAAAGGCAUCGCUUGGUUGGAGCCGGGGAUGCGGGGGCCCGUGCCCUGGGAUGAUGAUGUGUGGGCACCUGUUGGGGUGGCAGCUGUCUUGGUGGACCAUGAGAAGGGUUGGACCCAGUGGAGCCUUUGCCUUCCGGUGAUGUUGGACCAACAUCACCGGAAGGCCCACCUUUUGCUGGGUGCUGUGCUCUUCAUCGUUGUCACCUGGUUGAGCAGGGUUGGGCAGGUAGUCAUCCCUUCUUUGGUUGCUGCACUAUGGCAGGCAGAGCAGAUGCAGGAGUCAAGCUCCAGCAUGGCGGAUGACGGAUCGGUCACUUUGAGUGGCGAUGUGGCGGAAGUGGUCAUGGAGGGCUUUGGAGAUUAUCUUGCAACGCUGGCUGAGAAAUGUGGUGAAGAUUCGGAAUCUUCACCACAAUUCUCAGCAUUGCAAUCAGAGCCACGAGAGGAGACCUUUGAGGUCAGCAAAUCCAGCAAGAAGGACAAAGCUUUGAGCAAGUUGCUCUUUAUGGGCAAAUUCAACCUGACAGAGGAGCAAUUCGAACAAGGUCUACGUGAUGAAGAAUUCUUCCUGGUGAAGGAUGAGCAAGGACGUGACAAAUACAGCUGGGAGGCCUUGGAGCACAGCCAUGAAACUGGCAGCAGCUCCAAGUUGAGCUUGCAAAGUUCCAAGUCUCUCAAUGCUUCUCAGGCCAAGUUGGAGAAGGCAGCCUUCAGUCAGGAGAUGACACCGAAGGGUUUGUUUGGGUCAGGGCUUGGUGCUUUGCCUGCUGCUCGUGGUGCCAUGCCCAUUGAAGACCGGGCAAAUGCCACCCUCACCAAGAAGCAGUGGCAGCAAGCCCAAGGGCAAUUACUUGAGGCAACUCGGGCCUUUGACAAAAUGGCCAAGGGGGUGAAGAAACACUUGGGCAUCCUUGGCCAUGAGGAAAAAGAUGAUCCUAUCUACAUCAGCCUGCUGGCACUGCAGCUUCUCGUCUUCAAGGAGCAUCUUGCAGGGGUGCGUGGUCAGCUGCAGGCCAGGGCAGCCAGGGCCAAGAAGGAAGGUCUCGAGGUGUCCAUGCCACCAAAUAGCAGUGAUCUGCAUCUGGUCACACCUUCAGUGGUUUGGCAAGGUUGGCUCAGCUUCAGCGAGGACUACGAUGACUUUGAAGAUUGGUGCCUACCAAUAAGCAUGCAUGGUGAUGAGGCAGACAGCUGGCGCCAACACUGGAACAGCCCUUGCUUACUUUUGAAACUCCCUGGUGUGAGCUGCUGGACCAUUAGCUAUGAUUUGAUGCACAAUUUCUGGCUUGGCUGGCUGCAGUUCGCUUAUGGUUCCAUCUUCUACUUGCUAUGCUUUGAAAUAUUGGAAGAAGACCCACUCACCAAUCUCAAAACAGUUGGAGCUUUUAUCCGUGAAUUCCAGAGGAAGGACGAAGGUCAUCAGAGGUAUAGGCAAAGAUUGGAAAAACUCAGCAUGUUCGUGAAACAGUCAGGGUACCCCAAGUUAAAGGGGAGGUCCUCUGAUAUCAAGGGCCUUUGUGCUGCGUUGAAAGCCUGUUGGAUGGCAAACAUGCGUGCUGGUGUGCUGCAAGACCAGCAAAUAGCGGCUUUUUUGGAACUCAAUCUGGACAUCCAUGGCUUGCUAGAAGACUACAGCCCAAAGUAUGGAUUCAUGUCGCUGCCUGCUCCACAAUGUGAUGAAUUGUACACCAAAGGUCUCGCAAUGGCCCAGCUCCAUGUUUGUUUACUUCAGCACUAUGCGCAACAAGAGGUGCUAAUUUGGAAUCUCACAUCCAAAACACACUACUGCCUUCAUUCUUUUUACUUGGCACGUUGGCUGCAUCCAAGCUUGACUCGGGCUUUCAAGGGUGAAUCGACCAUGAAGGCUGUGCAGACUCUUUGGAAGA